UUCCAUCAUAAUGUGGAGUACGGCAGCAACUAUGGAACCAAAAGUUCCGGAUUUGUAUGAGUUUUUGGCAGAAGCCGAGCUACAGCAGUAUUACAACUCUUUGAAGAACGAACUCAAGAUAACGAACGUAACGCACCUGAAGUACGCAACCGAUGAGGAUUUACGGCAAGUCAGUGGCCUGUCUCGGCCGGAAAUUCGGCGUCUUCGCAAGUUUUACGAAAAGUAUUACCCGCACGGCUAUCUGAACAAGAUUCGCCGGCUGCUACAACCACCCCGCAAGGAUGAAAACAGUGCCAACAGUCCAACGUCCGGCGUGGAACCGCUGAAAAUGUGUCCAUCGCCAAGCAAGCUGCCGAACAACAAACACAUCAUUCCGCCCGAUGCAAUUUGCGUGAACAAACAGCUCGGCACGGGUGAGUUUGGCAUUGUCCAGCAGGGCGUGUGGACGAACGGUUCGGAACGCAUCCAGGUGGCCAUCAAAUGUCUCUGCCGCGAGCGUAUGCAAUCGAACCCGAUGGAGUUUCUCAAGGAGGCGGCCAUGAUGCAUUCGAUCGAGCACGAAAACAUCGUCCGGCUAUACGGUGUGGUGCUCGACACGGAAUCGCUAAUGCUGGUGACUGAAUUGGCGCAUCUGCGCUCACUGCUCGAGUGCCUCAAGGAUCCGGGUUUACGAGUGAGCUUUCUCACCGUACCCACGCUGUGUGAGUUUUCUUCCCAGAUUUGUAAUGGCAUGAUGUACUUGGAGAACAAACGGUUCAUCCACCGUGAUCUGGCCGCCAGGAACAUACUCGUGUUCAGUAAGAAUAAAGUGAAAAUUUCCGACUUUGGACUGUCGCGGGCACUCGGCGUCGGAAAGGACUAUUAUCAAACGAAUUUCAACGUGAAUCUCAAGCUUCCGAUUGCAUGGUGCGCCCCGGAAUGUAUCAACUUUUUGCGCUUCACACACGCGUCGGACGUUUGGGCGUACGGUGUGUGCUUGUGGGAGAUAUUCUCGUACGGCUUUCAACCGUGGGCCGCACUAACCGGACACCAGAUACUGGAAGCGAUCGAUGAGCCGCACUAUCAGCGGUUGGAGAAACCGGAAUGCUGCCCAAAGGAAUAUUAUGCGCUGAUGUUGAAAUGUUGGCAACACGACGCCUUAAAACGGCCCAAAUUUAGUGAGAUUUUUUCCCUGCUUCCGGACAUUAAGCCCGAGCAGCUAAAGACAAUCGUUGCGUACAGCGAACAGAAGAAGGACUAUCUGAUGUACCGACAGGGUGAAAUAAUAACUGUGCUGGAUAAGAAUAACAGCGCACCGUACUGGAAGGGUGUACUGAAUUCGGGCAAAACGGGUCUGUUCAAUCCGGCCAAUACGGUCGCAUACCUGGAUAGCUUGCCGUCGUCGGUGAAUCGGGACAGUUUCUGCAGGACGGCGGAAAGAUCCAGCAAGCGUAAGAUACGCACCGACAUGAUCUCACGCCCGCAGGACGAUCUAAAGCACACCGGGCACGUUGGAAUCGAUGGAGUUUCGUUCGGAGACGUUGCCUUUCUCUCUAGCCCACAAAACCUUCCACGCCAAAUCGUUACACCAUACAAGCCUUCUGAGGAUCUGGAACAAACGCCAUUGCUUCUACCCCCGACGCCAACCAGCCCGGAUUCGAUCCAGACGGCUAGUGGAUACUUUUCCGAAACGCUCCAGCUUGCCGGCCAUCAAUCGUUUAUAAAUGCGGGUGAAAAUAAUAAUCACCAUAUUAUCGACCACAGUGGCACUACUGGUGGUGGCAAUCAUGUCGUCAAUAGUAUGACUACCAGUGCGUUUGAUUUUCGUAACAGUGGGUUUAAGGAUUCGAAUCCGUUUAUCAAUGCGGACGACAAUGGAGAUGGCGGUGCGGGUGUCGCCGGAACAUCAUCACGGGAUGGACAAAACCAGCACGAAUAUCAUGAAAUAUCGGACGAUGAUAUGGUUACGGAGAAAGUGUUCGAUCAAGGACCAUCGCUAAUGGACGAGAUGGAGCACGUGUUCAAAUCGAUGAGUACGAUCUCGGAACAGGGCGUACCGUUGUCUCCGGAUGCGGAAAACACCAACAUGCGUAACGAGCUGGCCGAACUUUCCUCGAAAAUGAGCCGCAAAAAUAGUUCCUCUACUAGCUCGGGAACAAUCGGCAAUAAAAACGGAGGCAAAUCCAAGGCCAAAAAAACCAGUACUGUAAAACCCAUAUCGAUGAAGGAUGAAAAGCUGCUUAAUCAAGUGAUAGAAAUGGCAAAUGAAAUAAGUGCCAAAUCCAUGACUGACCUAGUAACGGAUGCGAAUCAUCAAACGUCAAGUCCGAAAAGAAAGUUUAGCUUCCGCUUUCCCCACAUCCACAAUGUGGUCGGUGGCGAUGGAUUGCGUGGUUCGUCGCACAGCAACAUUACCGGCAGCCACUCGAAUGCUUCCGGUUUAAGUGCUGGUGGCAUAGGCUCUUCUCAUGCCGGGCGUGGUUUGAUGCAGGAUAAGGAGCACGGAGUGCUGUCCAGUGCUGGGCCACAUCAUCCGCACAGCUCGAAUACGUUGGCAAACUCGUAUCGAGAGAAGCGGAACUUUUCUCAGGAAGUGAACAAUGUGCCCGAUUUACAGCGCUACCGCUCACUGACGGGAAUAGAACGCUGCCAAAACAGUGACAUUAAAAUACCGCUCUUCGAUAAGGAAACUUCCGACUUUUGCUUUAAGAAAUCGCGAGAACUGCUGAGCAAACAACCGUUUCAAUCGUACACGAACGACGUUGGUACGGCUGCCAACAAACUGAAUGGUAGCAAAACGCUCGACAAAAAAACACGCGAUUUGAUUGGGGAAAAUUUGCUCGAUAUCGAGAAAACACUUAAUGCACUUAAUCUGGAUUUUCUGCAAACGUACCACGAGCUAGAAAAGGCCGAUUCGGCCGAAACGCUCUUUGUCGAAUGCUAUUCCUCGAUGAUGUGCGCUUCAUCAUCACCGUUUCAGAAAAGUCCACCCUCGGGUUCGUUGAUAAGAAACUCCUCGAUUGAGUCGUCCAAUUCACGGGCAAAUUGUGCACUGAGCGAGAAAGGUUCUUCCGGAUCAUCGUCGCUUACCGGGAAGAGUCCACCGAGCUUGAAUUUAACCGGUGGAGGUGGAAAUAAUGGUGGAAGCAUACCAACCACUGGCGGUGCUGCUAGUGGUGGUGGUGGUCGCUGCUACUCCGAACUGAACGGAACGUCACCAAAGCCGACGUUACAACAGGAUCACAACAAGUACGGUAUUCGAGAUUUUAAGUUCCGGUCGUUCGAUGCACGUCCGAAGGAACGGUCGGAUUACUAUAACUUCAAGAACGAAUACCUCUCGGAGCUGACGCGUAAGCAGCAGAGCCAGGUGCUUGGGUCGGCUUCGGUUUUGCAGCAAACUGCUGCCGCUGGUAGUCAGCAGCAGCAACAGCACAAGAUCAGCCAGCUGUACCAAAUCUACAACACACCUAUGCAGGGUCGGAAGUAUGACGAUAAUCCUUCGCCGAUCAGUGCAAUAUCUUCCUCGUCCUCGGUCCGUCAGCGUUCGUUGUCUUUCACAGAAAAUUACGAAUUUAAACCAUCGUUUGUUACGGCCAAAAGUGGCACCAUUACCGGUAAACCGAAAAACGAUUUCCCACAAUCACCGGCGGCGGCGCCACCACCGCCAGCAGUUGUGCCGCGUAACGUAAUCACUUACAAGCCACGAAGCAUACGAGCCAGAAACUUGCGACGACUUAGCUACAAUCCUAUCAACAUGGUCGACAGCUCGUCGUCUAGCAGCGAGAGUGAGUUCGAUCGCAACCUGGCCCAUUCGGAGUGUGAUAUACGAACGCGUCUACAUACCACGGCUUCUCGUCGCCGAAGGCAUCAGUAUAUGACGCGGAAAUCAAACAGCAACAGUGCGAGCAGUCAGGACAAGCUGUACGGAUCGAAUGCCAGCAUCAAGAGCGCUCCGCAGUACAACUAUCAUAGCGAUCGUCGCCAGUACUAUAAUAAUUUCCAACAACAUUCUUCCUAUCCUUACGGGGACGAUUAUGGUGCUGGAGAAAAUGUUGAGGAAGACGAGAGCAUCUACGACUAUGGACUGCGCCAUGCACGAUUACAAUCGGAAGGAAAAGGUACUUCAUCCACACCGCACAAUCUACCGACGAGUGCUGGUCCGGUGGUGGUGACAGCUGUAUCGACGGGUCCACAAUCUGGCCUGAUUCAGGCCACUUCUCCACCGGGAGGACCGGUAGCGCUAGUAGGUAGUGGUGGGAAAUUUGCCGUACCCGAACCAACCAACUACACCAACAAAGCGCUCGAGAGGGAAUAUCUUUACAGCGAGUUUGACGUGACGAAGCUCACGGGAAAAAGUCCAACCACGCAAAGCUACUUCCCGACUGCUGGAGCAGCCACUGGGACUGGUGCUGGAGGAACGGGUCAACAACAACAACAAGAUCAACAAGCUACCAUAAUACCCGUAACAGCAAAAACCAACCCUUCAACUCCGAACUCAGCGAAAAGCGCCACGCUCGCCGCACACUUGCAAGCACAACCGCAGCCCGGAUUUCAGUGGCCGGAGAAAAUUCAUGGUGCAGUAGUUAAGCACAACGAUAUGCUUUGGAGGCAGCAGAGUGCCGUGCGGGAGCAACCGGUUCCGAUUUACAAAAGCGCUGGACAGAAGGAAAAACACUACUCUAGCGAUACGUCCUCCACUGAGACGGAUUCGAUUGAUUUCCGUCGUCCGGCUGAAUGUUUGCCCAUCAUGCCACCGUCACCGGCGCCGUGA